AUGAAUCGAGGGCUGCGAAUCCAAUGGACAUAUUGGUUUGCGCUGAAACGGCUGGGAAACAUGAACAUGAAGAAACCAGGACCUCCGUGCCCUAACCAUGAUUUCUUUGACCCAAUUGAGACUAUUGUUAAAAGUACCUACCCAAACCUCAUUGAAAAUCUCACCAAUCUUGAAUUUCUCCAAAGUAGAGCUAUUUUAGCGUCUACAUUAGAGGUUGUGGACGAAAUCAACGAUUACAUUACUAAUCUACUUCCAGGUGAUGAAAAGGAGUAUUUGAGUAGUGAUUCUAUUGAUAGAUCUGAAGCUAAUGACAAUGAGGCUUUUGAGCAUUUGACUCCAGAAUUCUUAAGCUGUUUGAAAACUUCAGGAUUACCUAAUCAUUCCAUGAAAUUAAAGAUUGGCACAACAGUAAUGUUGAUUCGGAAUUUGGACCAAUUUGAGGGACUAUGCAAUGGUACCAGAUUAACUGUAACAAGGUUAGCAAACCAUGUUAUCGAGGCUAAGAUUAUUUCAGGUACACAUGUUGGAAACACUAUUUACAUACCUAGAAUGUCUUUGUCCCCUUCUCAAUCACCUUGGCCAUUCAAACUAAUAAGAAGACAAUUCCCCAUUAUUGUUUCUUUUGCAAUGACAAUAAAUAAAUCACAAGGGCAAUCAUUAGACUAUGUUGGAUUAUAUUUGCCAAAGGAAGUUUUCAGCCAUGGCCAACUAUAUGUUGCAAUGUCAAGAGUCAAAAGUAAAGCAGGUUUGAAAAUCCUAAUUCACGACAAAGACAAAGUUGCAUUACAACAUACCACUAAUGUCGUUUUUAAAGAAGUUUUUCACAAUGUUGUUUAG